CACUGCUGCCGUAUAACUGCAGCAGUAAGGCAACGGCUCAAACACUAGAAUACACAUCUUCUCUGAAAACACACAUCAAAACAGCUCCACUUUUUUCUCUUUCCCUUUCUCUCUCUCUUUCUCUCUCUCUCACUCUUUCUCUCUCCUCUCUAUCCACUACUUAUUUAUCUCUCUUUCGCUCACUUUCAUUCUAUCUAAUACUUUAUUUUCUCUCUUUCUCUCUCUCACCCUACUCUCUCUCUCUCUCUUUCUAGUUUUCUGCUUUCCUCUCUCACUAUCUUUCUGCUUCUCUUUCCCCAUUAACUCACUUCUCUUUAACUUUCACUUUCUCUUCAAUCUCCUUUUCUUCUUCCUCUCACAAGUGACAACAUUCACAAUACCUUUGCUACCACCACCACCACCACCACCACCACCAACAUCACCACCUCUACCAUUGCUACCACCGCCACCACCACCACCAACAUCACCACCUCUACCACCACUACCACCACUAUCGCCACCACCGUAACAACUAUCAACACAGCAACCACCACCACCACCACCACCACCUUUACAAAUCUUAAAACCGAAUGUUUGCUGUUGUUGUUUGUUGUGUGCGUGCUUGCUUGCUUUCUCACGGAAGUUGCGAGGAAAAGAGAAUCACUCACUUCUUUGAGUGUGACACUUCACAGUUUUCGGGGGAUGUAAAAACACUUACUUCACACAGUUUGGAAAUUGCAAAGGAGUUGGUGACAACGCUCUCAGUUAUUACCUGUUCAAGAAUUACUUAACUUUGUUUUUUUAACUCCAUCACUAUUACUACUACCAAUCACUUCCACAGACAACUUUCACUUCAUUAGCAGCACUUUUCUUAUCUUUUGUUUUCAUUUGCUUUAUUUUUAAAUCUCUCCAACAACAAAAAUAAAUAACUUAAUCAACCAGGCUUUGAUUUGACUCACUCUUCUUUAUCUCUUACUCUCUAUCUCUCUCUCUAUAUCUCUCUCUCUCUCUCUCUCUCCCUCUCUCUCUCUCUCUCUCCCUCUUUCUCUCUUUCUCUCUCCUCCUCUUUCUCUCUCACUUGAUUGAUUUUUUUCCACACAGUACAAAUUUUGGCACUUUGGCCACUCGUGGCUAUAUUUGUCCGGUACUUAUAAUCUGUAGUCAACGGAUUGUCUUCAAUUUUAUGGAUCUUUCCAUGUGAUGCCCAAACAUAAACCUGGAGGUAUUUGUAAUGCUACUACUGGAUAGAACAGGGUAAAUCUGAAGAUUCAUUCAGUUAUUAUCUCGGAAAUUUCGAAAACAAUAAAUAUGAAUUCUCAUCACAUAUGGCUGUCAUCUCUAGUCAGAGAAAUGUUUAUGAAGAUCUUUGUGCUACAAAUAUUUUACCAGACCUGCUUCUGUACAGACUUUAUUUAUUACGUUAAAGAAGGCAGAAGUCCAAACAGUUACCUUGGAGAUAUUGCAACAGAUACUCAUCUGAUGGAUAGUAUUUUGUCCAAAGACUAUAGUUCGAUACGGUUUAACCAACUGCAGAAAAAUGUCCUGAGUGACAACCAACUAUUUAAAGUCACUAAUACAGGGAAAAUAUUUACUGCGCAGACACUCGAUGCUGAAUCUCUCUGUAAAUAUAAUACUGAAUGCUUCAGAAUGGUUGAUGUAGCUGUUCAGAAAGAUCAAUCAUUCUUUAAAAUUUUGGAAAUUAAAGUCGUAAUAGAAGAUGCUAAUGACCACCAACCAGAAUUUCCAAGUAAACAUAUUAAUCUUCAGUUUUCUGAUGGAGACAAGAAGGGCACAAUGAGAUCGAUUCCUAAUGCGGUUGAUAGAGAUAUUAGUGUGAAAAAUUCACAAAUAACUUACCAACUGAAGGAGAAUAGUGAUGAGUUGUUUACUUUAAGUUUUUCUAAGAGAUUUGAUGGAGCUUAUAAUCUUGGGAUUAAUUUAGAGAAAGAGAUAGAUCGAGAAGUCAAGGAUACUUACACAUUGCAAGUUAUUGCAAAUGAUGGAGGAUCUCCACCAAAACAAGGAGUUUUGAGUAUAAAGAUUACAGUCACAGAUGUCAAUGAUAAUCCUCCUAUAUACUCACAGAGCUCAUAUAAUGUUACUGUCAAUAAUCAGUACCAGAAGAACAAAUUAGUUAUUGCUUUACAUGCAACUGAUCUUGAUGCCGAUAAAAAUGGCAGGGUAACCUAUCAUUUUAGUUCAAAAACUGCAGACACAGCUCAAUUACAGUUUCGAUUGGAUGAAAUAACUGGAGAAAUAUUCCUUCAGGAAGAUUUUCCCUAUGAAAAGCGUCAGACAUAUGAACUGUAUGUCGAAGCCACUGAUGGAGGAAACCCACCUUUAACUUCUGUUGCUAUGGUACAAGUCAACGUUGUCAACCAGCAGAAUAAUGCUCCUGUUAUUGAAAUGAACUUUGUUUCUAAGUCCUCUGACAAUAUGGCUACCAUAUCAGAAGGGAUGAAAGUUGGCAGCUUUAUUGCAUAUGUAAAGGUUUCUGACAAUGAUGUUGGCAAAAAUGGAGAAGUUGUAUGUAACCUUCAUCAUGAAAAAUUUAAACUUCAAAGUCUUGGCAAAAAUAAAUAUAAAGUUAUCCUCAAGAAUUUGGUUGACAGAGAGAAAGAAAGUCACAUUGAAUUCAUUAUCAUUUGCCAAGAUAAAGGAUCACCCUCAAUGAAAACAGAACAGAAGUUCUCUAUUCAGGUAAUGGAUGUUAAUGAUGUACAACCACAAUUUACAAAAGAGACAUUCAAAUUUCUUACUUACGAAAAUGAAGAUCCUAGUUUCCCUGUAGGGUUUAUCAAUGCAACUGAUCCUGACCUUGGUUCUGGAGGAAAACUUACCUACUCUCUUCUAAGGAUUAGAGAACAGUCAUUUCCUUUUCAAAUAUCUGAUAUUGGAUUCAUUUUAACCACUCAGUCGAUGGACAGAGAAAGACAAGAAAUAUAUAAAUUUCAGGUGUUUGUCAGAGACAAUGGAAAUCCUUCUUUAAACAACACAGCAAAUGUUGUUGUUGAAGUUAUGGACGAAAAUGACAAUGCUCCAUAUUUCAUAUUUCCCAGUGUUAACCCUUUUAGUCUAGAUGUCCACUAUCAUCCACAAAGUAAAAAUGAUAUCACAGUCCUGAAAGCUUCUGACAGAGACAGACGCCAAAAUGCUUUUCUCAAAUAUGAAAUCCUUGGUGGUAAUGACAAACAUCUGUUUGCAAUAAACCAAUUUUCAGGUGUUUUGUCUUUUACUCGUACAGUUUACCAAAAUGAUGCCGGAUCAUAUGAUCUUAAAUUAGCUGUCAAAGACAGUGGUACUCCUGUUUUAUCAGCAACUACUACUUUAUUUUUAACAUUGACUGUUAGUAACAAAACUUCCACAAUGUUUGCCACAGUUAAUACGCAGUCUGAUGACAAGAUACAUAUCAAUUUAUUUAUAAUCAUUGUUGUGGCUGCAGUUACUAUCUCAGUAGUUUUUGUUGUAGCUAUAACAAUAUGUAUUGUUAAAAGCAGCCAUCAAAGAAAUUCCGACUACUCUAAUGAAGUUGAUAAUGCUGAUAAAUUCUUGGAUGAAAAUAGACAAACUGAAUAUUUCUGUGAGCCAAUGUGUUCACAAUAUGAUGUACCAGCUGCGAUAUCAGAAGAAGCAAAAUCUAAAGCUCUUCAACCAAUCCAGUUAAAAGCAGAACCUCAUUCUCGAUUUGACUCAGGUCAUAACAAGAAAAGUUUGUUCACUGGUGUUUAUUGUACAGCAACUACAGAAUUAGCUAGCCAACCAUGUCUUCAGAAAGAAAUGGAAAUGUCAGACAGCUGGAAAGACAAAGAAAUUACAAGUUGUGAACCAAGCCAUUUUAAUAAGAAGUCCACAUUAUCACCUAUUGAUAUUAAACGACAUGGUCAAAAAGAAGGCUUUUAUGAAACACUACCAGAUCCGAAAUCAAGUCUUGGCAAACAACUAUGGAGUACCGGUAAGAAACCUAUACCGCAGAUAUUCAACCGAUGUAAAGAAAUUAACAAUAGUAUCAGCAGCUCCUCUCAAGCAAAGCCUGAUCAGAACAUUACCAGCAAACUUGCACUUCUUCCCAAAUCAACAGUAGAUGAGAGUGACAAUCAAAAUAUUUCAACACAGCAAUGGAAUUUGCCUUCAAAGAACAGUUUCACCUCAUUUACCAAACCUCUACCUGCAGUACCAUAAAUAAGCAGUACAAAAUGUUCUCUGAGAGUUAUCAAAUCACUUAUUUAGCCCUAUUGAUGUGUAUGUGUAUGCGUGUGUGUAUGUGUGUAGCGCUUACAGUAAGGAAAGAUGGUGAUGUUGGUGAACUUUAUG